CUCAGUCGAGCCGCGGCACGCUCGUGGACAGCAACACUGCGCGAGUGUAACGUACGCGCCGGCGUCCCGCUCGUAGUACUCGUUAUAGUGCGCGCGCGAGCAUCGAUAUCAGUGUCGCUCGACAAGCAAGUGCAAAAUCGCUCCGAAACUGCUGUUGUCAUUUGGUCUGUGGUACAGCGUAGCCACGAGCGCGCACGCUUGACCGCAUUACGGCCGUCUCAGAUUGGUUGCGGCGAGUGAGCGAAAUAAACCGAGUGCUCUCUGAAUUAUUCGUCGACCUGCCGCCUGUUUUAUUCCGCACGCCCGAGACGUGUGUGCGGUGAUGCGCUUUGGGCCGCGUUCGAGACGAAUGGAGCCGCUUGUAAAUAUUGCAUCUCGCUCUCUUGCGCGAAAACGAGAACUGGCUUGCGUUAAGAAGUUCAUAAUUAACCUGCUUUCCGCCAUCUGAUGCUGCGGGCCUAAUGUUCCAAGCAACUUUAAUGUAAACAACGCCGUUCAUCAAAGUUUUGGGAAGAUUAAGUGGGGCGAUGCUCGCAGCCCGAUAAUGUGGACGAUUUGGCCUCGCGGCAGGCGCAAGGUGCUCAUCCCGCUACUGCCGCUGCUGCUAGCUCUGCUGGCGCCGUCUCUCGCUGCUCCACUUCAGUGUCCCGACUCGAUUCCCGCCUCCUGCCCUUGCUACAACUUUGCUGACGGCUUGUUCCUGGAGUGCACUGGCUCCACUGAAGAAUCGCUCAAAGCUGCUCUCAAUCGCGUGGUCGCGCAUGCCAAACCCAAUGACGCGGUGAUCCACUCGCUGAGCGUGUUUGACCUCGAGCACAAAGUGGACGAGUUGCACGCGAACAUCUUUCCUGCUGGGGCUCUAGUACGUCACCUGCAAAUCUCGCAGUCGAGCUUGCGCGAAGUCUCCGAGGAUGCCUUCCACAGAUUCAGCCAUAGUCUCGAGUCGCUUGGCCUCAUAUCCAGUCGACUGCCCAGUGUGCCGCAAAAGGCCUUCACCACCCUCGGCAGGCUAAACCAGCUUGAUUUAGAAGCCAAUCAAAUAUCUGAGCUGCCCAGUUUCAGCUUUUACGGGCUGUCGCUGACGAAACUCAAUCUCAAAGCCAACCAGAUUGGCAAAAUUUCGGAGUACGCGUUUGCCGGUCUGGAAGAAAGUCUGAUCGAGCUGAAUCUGGCCGAGAACAAGAUACGACUGUUCCCAAUGACGGCAUUGCGCAGACUAGACAGACUGACAAGCUUGAAACUAGCCUGGAACGAGAUCUCCCAACUGCCGGAGGACGGCUACUCGAGACUGGAUGCCCUGAAUGCCUUGGACCUAAGCAGCAACAAUUUCGUAGCGAUACCGCUGAACUGCUUUCGCUGCUGUCCGUCCCUGAGAACACUCUCGCUGUACUAUAAUGCCAUUGAGAGCUUCGACAAAGACGCCUUCAUAUCGCUGAUCGACCUGCAGACGAUCGAUCUUGGCCACAAUAAGAUCGUCUUCCUCGAAGCGGCGACCUUCCGCGCCAAUCAGAAGUUACGUUCGAUCGAUCUCAGUCACAAUCAUAUACACUAUAUCCGUGGAGUGUUCUCCAGACUGCCAGAGCUCAAGGAGCUGAUACUCAACGACAACAAUAUUCUGGAGAUACCAGCCGACGCGUUCAUCGGCAGCCAUAGUCUCAACGUCAUUUACCUCCAGAAGAACGCCAUCAGGCGAGUCGACCGCCGAGGACUGACGAGCCUUGAGCAGCUCUCUCAACUUCACCUCAGCGGCAACUUCAUCGAGAGAAUACCGCGGGAUUUCUUCGAUCACUGCGAGAACAUGUCGACGCUCUCGCUCGAUGGUAACAGCAUCCGAGAUCUGGAGGUCGGAACUUUCGCCAAAGCCAAGCAGCUGAGGGAAUUAAGGCUGCAAGACAAUCAGAUCACCGAGGUCAAGCGUGGCGUGUUCGCACCGCUGCCGUCUCUGCAGGAGCUACACUUGCAGAACAACAUCAUAACCGACAUGGAAACGGGCGCUCUGCGAUCUCUGCAUAGCCUACAGCACGUUAAUCUUCAGGGCAAUUUGCUCGCCGUACUUGGCGACGUCUUCCAGGUGUCGGCCGAGCCCGACUCAGCCGGCAGCUCGCUCGUCUCUAUUCAGCUGGACAAUAAUGGCCUCGGCGUGUUGCACAACGACUCGCUGCGUGGCCAGACUAGCGUUCGAAUCAUGUGGCUGGGUCACAAUAGAUUGACCAGGCUGCAAGCUCCUCUAUUCCGGGAUUUGUUGCUCGUGGAAAAACUAUACCUGACCAAUAAUUCGAUAUCACGGAUCGAAGAUACAGCCUUCCAACCCAUGCAAGCACUUAAAUUCCUAGAUCUGAGUAUGAACCGUGUGAGUCACGUGACCGUCAAGAUGUUCUCCGAGCUGCACGAACUUGAGGAACUCUAUCUCUCGGACAACGGCCUUCGCAAGGUUGACGCUUACGCGCUGACUGCUCUCAAGCGGCUUCGAGUUCUCGACAUGUCCAACAACCGGCUAAACGCUUUGCACGAUACCAUGUUCCAGGAAGGCUUGCCGAUUCGUAGUUUGAACUUACGUAACUGCUCGAUCAGCAUGAUAGAAAGAGGCACCUUCCGCGGUCUGAAUAAUCUGUAUGAGCUAAAUCUCGAUUACAAUAGGUUGACGUCAAAUGUCCUAGACCGACUGGACAUUCCGGGCCUCCGAGCUCUACGAAUCUCGCACAAUAAUCUGAGCCUCAUCGACGGCGAAUCUCUCGAUGGGCUUCCAUCUCUGCAACAACUUAGUCUCGAGUAUGAUCAGAUAUACCGCAUACCUCAAGAUGUGUUCUCACGCAACAAGAACCUCAAUAAAAUCCUGCUAGGUAACAAUCUCCUAAGAUCCCUGCCACCCAUGUUGUUUCUUGGACUGGAGUCGAUCAAGGAGGUCAGACUCGAGGGCAAUCGUUUCCUAGAAUUGCCAUACGAUGCGUUUGCAAAUGCCUCGUCAAUAGAGGUGCUGUCUUUUUCGCGGAAUCUCAUUCCUCACGUGGAAGUUUCGAGAUUGAAUGGGCUGAGUCAUCUGCGCGAACUAGAUUUACGCAACAACAGAAUCAAGUCUUUGACAGGUUUCUCCGAAGCUCAUCUCUCGAAGCUGAUGGCCGUUGAUCUAAGCAACAAUCAUCUCACUUCGCUUCCGGAUAACUUUUUCAUUUACGCUAAUCAGCUGCGCAAAGUCGAGUUGGCCGGAAACAAACUGCGUCAAAUUCCAGCACACGCGCUUUCUGCUCAAAACCUACCUAGCCUUAAUUGGCUUAACGUGACGGGCAAUCCUCUGGUACGCAUCCACGAGAUCACCUAUGAUGCCAGAUACCCUACUCUACAGGAGAUCCACAUUAGCCGUACGAACCUCACAGUUGUUGCGAGUCAGGAUUUCGAGGCGUUUCCUGAGUUACUGCAUCUCUUUAUGAGCGGCAAUUCCAUCGCCAGAAUAUCACCAGGUGCUUUUCGCUCAUUACCUAAACUCUUGACCCUCGAUCUUGGCAUCAAUGAGCUUGACAUGCUACCACAAGAGCGACUCAAAGGUCUUGAAUUACUGAAAUUGCUGAAUCUAACGCGUAACAAAGUAAAGCAACUGGAGGACUUCCCAGCAGACCUGAAAUCGCUUCAUGCUCUGGAUAUUUCUUUCAACCAAAUAACGCAGAUCGACAAGACGACUUUUCAACAGUUAGACAAUUUGGCGGAGUUGCAUCUGAUGGGCAAUUGGAUAGCUUCGAUAGCUGCGGAGGCGUUCAAACCACUUAAAAAGCUGCGGAUUCUGGAUCUUAGUCGGAACUACCUGGAGAAUCCACCAUUAGAUGCGUUCAAACCACUUGAGACACAGAUUCGAAGUUUGAGGACUGAAGAAAAUCCAUUGUAUUGCGGUUGCGAGACGCAAGAUCUAUGGGAAUGGUUGGGCGACCACCGCAAACUCUCUAGAGUACCUUUACGCUGUAAUCAGCCACCGGAGUUGAGGGGCCUCGUCUUCCUGGAGCUCGAACCGCAGGUUUUCUGCUCGGCACCUCUUAUAGACAAACUGAACGUCGAAGAUAUACAACCACACUCGGUCGUUGUUACGUGGCAAACACGCACACGUCCCGGGCUCAAGGGCUUCCACGUCACGUACUACGCGAUUGAUCACGGCACUGAGGAGGUGCGCAGCGAAUUGACCGAAUCGAGUGCGCGCUCGGCUCGAUUAAACAAACUGGAAGCGAAUACACACUACCUGAUAUGCGUACUGGCGUGGCGGCCGCAAGAGUCGAACGAGGUCGCACCGAGCCCGAUGCAACGCUCGGCUCUCGUCGACUCGCCGACCUCUCGCUGCGCCGAAAUCCUCACUCUCAAACCACCGGACGCGGUAGCCAGCAGCGAUGGCUCCACGAUCAAUGGCGCCGCCACCGGUGGCAGCGGUGCUUCCGAGAGUUCGGCCAGCGGCGCAACAGGAUCUGGCAGCGCAGAUGGCAGCGGAGGCAUUCUCACGAGGAGGCUUGGACUCGUUAUUGGCUGCUGCAUGGGCUUCGUCGUCUUCAUCAUGCUCAUUUCCGUCCUCGGAUAUCUCAAGGUAAAGAAACAACGCGAAACGGCCAAGCGAGAUCAGCAAGCAAUACCACCGGAGUAUAUAUCCUAUCGGCACUUUAGCAUUCAAAGUGGUGAAGCUGGUGCCCAGGCAAAGCAGCAGCAGCAGCAGCAGCAACAGACAACAGUAGCGACGACGGAGCAACAGCAGCAACCACAAACGACGACGAUGACGACGACGACGCCGUGUUUCGUCACCUGCUCCGCACCGCCCAAUGUAUAGCCAACGAGCUACGUGUAAGGGGGUGCUCGGAGCUAUUAGCGGGCCUGCCUUUCACACGUAGCGAACGAUACCCAUUUGUAAAUACAGCCAAGCCAGUGUACAGAGAGGAGCGUUCGAGCUCUCGGACCGUUUGUAUAUUCGUUAGUAAGACUAUUUGUACAUAUGCUGCCUCUCUUUUCCCGUUCUCUUUAUUUUUCUCCGAAAACCUCCUUAAUUGUCAGUCAUUCAUAAAUAACAACACAAAAUGGCCUUUUCAAACUCUUUCUUGCUAUCAUAGUAAGCGUUCUCUCUUGACUUUAGUUGCUUUUCGAAUGCCUUAUUUUAAUUUCAACAGCAAAUAGUAUUCCAUUGAAAGUACUCAAUAAUCAACGAACCAAUUCACAGAUAAGCUUUCAUUGGCAAUCAAACCAUUCACUUCUUUUUAUCCGUCGAAUAAUUUAAUGAUCACGAGUUUUCUUAUUCCACUACACGUAAUCAAUAUUGUUCAUUCUCAUCAAUAAAUUCCAUUGGAAAACUUCUGUGAUAAAAUUAUAAAUGAAUUGAUUACUAUUCACACCCAAGAGGCUGUUCAUCUGAAUUCGGCAACAGGAAGACUCGAGGGGCUACUUGUGAGCGAACACGCGAUCGUAAGAAUUCAACUGAUCAUUUGAGAUCAACGCUGACUCAAUGUGUGAUUAUAGCUCUCAAAGUUAAUAAUUCAGGAAACAGUCAACCAAUAGCCUCGUGAAUAUUGUCACGGGCAAGUGAGGAAAAAGCCUGAUCAAACAAUGAACAAGCCACGGCUCAGAUGUAAAUUGUGGUUCGAAAAAAAUAGACCCGUUUAAGAAAAAGAUAGACAAAGGAAAGGCCAUCGCGAUAACUGAGAUUAUAAAUUCAACGACUCGAUAUUUUUUUCAUUUGUUCCUCCUUAAUUUUAUUAGUCUGUGAUAAUCAGUGGUCAACAUCUAUUUAUGUAAACACGUCCAUGACUGUAUCAUCCUCGUGUUAUUCUUUUGUUCCACGCGUUCUCGUGCCACUCGAGUGUUUGUAUAUAUAUACGAGAUCUAGAUAUGCGCUUUCCAUGGCGCAUCAUUUUCUAAGUAUAGAUUAAACGAGCAAACAUUUGUCGAUGUUAAGUACACGUUUGUAACAUAAUAAAUCCAUUCCUGAUUGUUUGUUGUGGAAUGAAAGAACGAACGAAUGAG